CUUUAGUAAAAAUUGCACUAGUAUUUUCAGCCAUGUCUUUCACCUUGUUUCUACUAGUUAUAUUUUGUGCUCUAUCUGAGCUUGCAGCCUCAGAAUUUGAGUUCACUUAUAACGGAUUCAAAUCAGCAAACAUGAGUGUAGAUGGCUUAUCAAAGUUAACCUCUAACGGGCUGCUGAAGUUAACUAAUUCAACCGCACAGAAGACCGGCCAUGCAUUUAAUCCUAAUCCUAUCAACUUUAAGAACAAUUCAGAUGGCCCAGCAUAUUCUUUUUCUACCUGUUUUGUAUUUGCCGUGGUACCUGAAUAUCCAACUUUGGGUGGUCAUGGCUUGGCUUUUGUUAUGGAACCAACUAAAGGCCUUCCAGGAGGUCUUCCAUCACAUUACAUUGGUCUUUUCAGUGACAAAAACAAUGGGAACAUCACCAACCAUGUUGUUGCAGUGGAGUUUGAUACGAUACUGAGUCGCGAAUUUGAAGACAUUAAUGACAACCAUGUUGGAAUUAACAUCAAUCAGAUGAAAUCUGAGGUAUCAAAGCCAGCAGGUUAUUAUGUUAGUAACGAUCGUCCAUUUCAAAAUUUGACUCUCAUCAGCGGCCAGAUAAUGCAAGCUUGGGUUGAAUAUGAUGCUGCAUCUAAGCAAAUUCAUGUUACCUUAGCACCCAUUGCAGCAGCUAAACCAAACACUCCACUUUUGUCUUUGUCUUAUGAUCUUUCACGUAUCAUAAAAGAAACCAUGUACAUCGGUUUUUCAUCAGCCACCGGCUCAGUGGCAUCAUCUCACUAUGUCUUGGGAUGGAGUUUCAAGAUAAAUGGCAUGGCUGCAGGACUUGAUAUUUCUAAGCUUCCAAAGCUGCCUCGAAUCGGACCUAAAAAGGUAUCAAGGCUUCUAUCCAUUGGAUUGCCUGUGAUUUUGGUAGUUAUUAUUUUUUAUGUAUAUAUAGUAGAUGUUGAACCCGCUUGA